UCCCUCUCGCCGCGCGCGCACAUCCUGACCUCUAGCCGUCGCCGCCGCACGCGCGCACGUCUCUGCGACUUCGUGAUACGCUUUCGGACUUUGUGACAACCGCGGCGGGUGUGUGACGGGCAUCCCGUGUCGGCGAGACGUUGGCAGCUGCUGCCCCGAAGGCCGAGCGGGAGGCACACCUGUGCCAUGUCUGGCGAGACCGCGAGGCAGGAGAACGCGGCCGGGUCGCCACCAGCACAAGAGGCCCCGACGGCCGACGGCGUCUGCCCGUCGGUCAUCCUGAAGACGCCGUCGCUCGUGCGGGAGGCGCCCUUCGAGGACCCGCUGGCCCCACGGGCCCCACUACUAGAUCCCACCGCCCACCGCCCAGGCCUGCACGCCCACCCACCGCUGCCCCUGACGCUCUCCCCCGCCCACAUCCCAUCCACGGUGUCCUUGACGCCCCCGGAGCACGAGAGCGAGGGCUGCGCGCCCCACGAGGACCGGGACGCGGCGGACGGCGCGGAGCAGCCAUGGUACUGGUGCUUGUACUCGCCGCCCUCGCUUGACAACACACCCCCGCAGCACCUGAUGGACGGGGCGGACGCGGGCGCGGGGAUGGGCGAGCCUGGCCCGCCCGCGCUCUACCACGACGUGCAGUAUACGGCGCUGGAGGGCGGCAUGGAGCCCGCCCAGCCAGGCCCCUUCGCCGUCAAGAUGGAAGAGGCACGGCAGGGCGACCUCGUGACGGGCAUGGACAUGACUGCCCACGACAGCGAGUGCCUGGGCAUGCGGCCUGAGGGCGGGGCGUGGAUGGUGGACGGCGGCCCCGGCCCGGGCAUGUGGCCCGUCAAGGUGGACCCCUGGAUCGGUCCUCACCACUCCAGGUAUGUGAGCGAGGAGAGCCCGUACUGGCUGGGGUGGCCGGUGGGGGCGGCGGGCGUGAUGGAGGGCGGGGGGGGAUCGCCCGGGGCCGACGCCAGCGCCUCUCCGCAGGACGAGGCGUCGGGCUCCGAGUCCAAGCGACCCGACAGCAAGAAGUGCGGCGUCUGUGGAGACCGCGCCCUCGGCUACAACUUCAACGCCAUCACCUGCGAGUCCUGCAAGGCCUUCUUCAGGAGGAACGCUCUCAAGAAAAAGGAAUUCCGAUGCCCGUUCCAGGACACCUGCAAGGUGGACCAGGUGACGCGGAGGUUCUGCCAGAAGUGCCGGCUGCGGAAGUGCUUCGAGAUCGGGAUGAAGAAGGAGUGGAUAAUGACGGAGGAGGAGAAGCAGCGGAAGAAGCAGAAGAUCGAGGAGAACCGGGCGCGGAAGCUGGGGGACGUCACGUCGGACGAGGAGGGCGUCAAGCACCCGCCCGCCUACAGCCCCUUCCCCGCCCUGGCGCCCGCGGAGGCCAAGCCCCAGGCCGUCGUCGUGGGCGUGAUCCGCGGCGAGGAGGAGGCAGCGGCGAAGGUGCUGCGGGUCGACGGACAGACGGACAUCCACGCGCAAGACAGGCUGAUCAUCCACGCGACGGGAAACGCUGUCGAGAGAGUGCCUCCUUCAACGCUCCUGUCGGCCUCCAGAGACUAUUCCAGUGACUACACGAGUUCUCCGGAACACAGAGACAUGUUACCGCAGUGCUCCAGCGACCAGGAAUAUUCCGGCGGUUCCCUGACGCACCCUGCCUCCGUUGUGCCACAGUUCCUCUCCUACAGCCACGAUACCUCUAGUCCGGGGAAACCAGCUUCUCUCGACGGGGAAAGCUUGCGGCCGUUUUCCCCAGCAGGUCCCGCCUUAGAUCACAAACCCGUCACGCCCUUCAGCGACCACAAGGACUUCCCUCUCCUGAAUGACGACGCCCCCCCUCCCUCGAUCCACACGAAGCAGGAGGCCACAGACGUCGGCUCUCCAGGGGAACGGACUGCUGUAGGAGGCGUCGUAGGAGGCGUCGUAGGAGGAGGAGGAGGUGGUGGUGGAGGAGGAGGAGGUGGGGGCGUGGCGUCUCCUUCGUCAGGCAAUCCGGGGAAUUCGCUGAGUAUGGCGGACGUGGUGGCCAUGAACAUCAAGAAGGAGGUCGAGUACCCGGACGAGGCCAUCGCCCUGUGUUCUGGCGAGGAGCGACCGGUCGGGACGGAACUGCAAAGUCACCAGGAAGAUUGGAAGAAUUUCAGCGUGCAAGAUACUCUGAGGUUUCUCGAGCCGGGGUGCAAGCAGAGCCCCGGCGCGACGGGCCUGACUAUGAUGGACUCGAUCAUGAACACCGCCAUCAGCGCCGAGUACAGCGCCUUCAGCCUCCUGGGCAGCAACAACCCGCGGGAACUGAACGAACCGGAGAAGAUGAAGCUCAACGAACUCUCGGAGGCGAACAAGGGCCUCCUGGCGCCGCUGUGCGAGGAUUAUAAUUUUAAGGACCUGAGCAACCCCUCCCUCAUCAACAUCAUCAACCUGACGGAGAUCGCGAUCCGCCGCCUCAUCAAGAUGUCCAAGCGAAUAUCCGCCUUCAAGAGCCUCUGCCAGGAAGACCAGAUCGCGCUGCUUAAGGGAGGCUGCACGGAGAUGAUGAUCCUGCGGUCCGUCUGCGCCUACGACCCCGACAAGGACUCGUGGAUGAUUCAACAGGACCAUGACCGUUUCAAGAACAUCAAGCUGAAGGUACUGAAGGCGGCCCCGGGAAAUGUCUACGAGGAACACAAGAGAUUCAUCUUGGCGUUCCAGCCGGAGUGGAGACAAGACCACAACAUCAUCUUCCUCUUGUCAGCUAUCACGCUCUUCACACCCGAGAGGCCUAACAUAAUCCACGGCGAUGCUAUUAAACACGAACGGUGCUCAUACCUGUAUCUCCUGAAGCGCUACCUGGAGUGCAAGUACGGAGGUUGCGAGGGAAGGACGGUUUACCUCCGGCUGCUAGAGAGGAUCAAGCACCUCAACAUCCUCAAUGAGAACCACAUUCGUGUCUUUCUAGAAGUCAAUCCACAAGAAGUCGAACCACUCCUCAUAGAAAUCUUUGACCUCAAGCAUAGGUGACAGUUGUGAAUGUCGUACCAGAUGCAAAGUGUCAAAAAAAAGUCAUAUGUGAUACACAUGUCAAGAAAAUUAUAGAUACCUUUCCCUUGUGUUUUAAUAACACUUCAUUUACUUUUGAAAGAAAAAGUAGAAAAUGAAAAGAGAGAAGGUGAAGACACUAGAUAUUAAUGAUCUCUAUGCUGUGAAGCAAAGGACAGCAACAUUAAAACAGUAUUGAAGUUGCACUCUAUUUUCCAGAAACAGCUGGAAUGUGCAAUUGUGAAUAUGUAGACUUUGUUGUUAUGUUUUAUGUAUGUAUUUGAACCAACAUUCUGAAAUUAUUUAAGGUCUUUCCCUAUCUAGAUCAUAUAUGCUCAAAAGAAGCCAUGAUUCUUAAUUAAGGUAUCUGAAAAAAAAAAAUUUAAUGCUAUCUCACACAGAGCUUCAUCUUAGAUUCUUGAAACCCAUUGUAUGCAGAUUAGAUUAAAAAAAAGAAUUUGUUGAACUUUCAAAGUGUAAUCUUGUACUUGAAUAGAAGACAAUUUUCAAGAAGUCCUUUGAAUACAAGCAAGACAGUAGAAGUGCUGUUGGACUCAGGAUUAGGAUGUAACGACAACACGAGCACUUUUUAUUCCUUGAUAAAAGAUAUAUAUGCAGAUAACAGAUUUGUAGUUUUCUCUCCGCAGUCUCUUCUCCGGGGGGGGAUUAUUAACAUAGUAUUUUAUAACGAAAGUAGUUGUAUAUAAGAGUCACAUUUGAUGAACAUUUUGAAAGUAUCUAACGACUGAAAGAUGGAAAUGCCUUCCUGUCGAAGCAUUUAUUAUUAUAGUGUUUAUCUUCAUUAUAAUUACCUUUCUAAGUCAUGUCUAUAGUAUCAGAUUGAUAACUAUUUAUGAAAGAACUGAAAAUAUAUUGUAUGAUGUUAAUUAUCUUACUUUAUAACCCCUUUCAUUAUGAUUAAACCAUAAGUGAUAUUGUGAUAUGAAAUAAUGUUUUUAUGUCUUUCUUUAAACGUUUUUUUUCUUAGCCCCAAAUUAUUUUUUAUCUCUUUCUUUCUACUGUAGUGUGUUACAUUAUCAAAUGUAAUUAUAUGUUAUGUUCUCUUAUUGAAGAAAAAAUCAUAUAAUUUGAAAUAUAUUUGAGAAUAGGGUCUUCCCAUGCAUGAUAGGACUUACAAGCUACAUCGUUAGUAAGCAAAUCCUUUUUUUUAAGUGUGUUUGAAAGUCACUAACUUGAAGUACAAAGCUCCGACAAAUUUCUUCUAAGUCUUCUUCCUAGGUCCUGUAACAGACGUGUGUUGUGUGUGUCUGUCCGUCAAUUUUCUCCAUUUAAAAAAGGUGAAAAGAACUCUUUUUUUUUUUUUUCCUUUUUUUUUUCUCUGUGAGACUAAUGGUGCCUUUGUGAACUGUUUUAUGAAGGUAUAUGAAUGAAAUUGGAUGUGACCAUCUA